AUGGCAAUCGACCAAGAUGUUGAAGAACUAUUGGUCAUGGGAAAUUCGGACUUGAUUAUCCGACAAGCUCAGGAUGAAUGGGAAACCUGGGAUGUCAAGCUUAUUCCUUACAAACAACACGUGGAAAAUCUUAGCAAGCGGUUCAAGUCAGUUGAAUUCAGGUACAUUCCUUGUUUUCACAAUGAGUUAGCCGAUGUACUCACUACUCUAGCCUCGAUGUUGCCAUAUCCAGGCAAUCUCCACAUUGACCCGUUAGAAAUCCAAAUCGGAGAAAGACAUGGUUACUGCAAUAUGGCUGAGAUGGAACCAAAUGUUCAACCAUCGUAUCAUGAUAUCAAGAGAUCUCUAAAAAUGAAAGAAUAUCCUGAGCAAUCCAAUGGAGAUCAAAAGAGAACCAUUAGACGGCUUGCAAGCGAUUUAUUCUUGAGCGGUGAGGUCUUGUACAAAAGGACUCCGGAUCUCAAUUUGUUAAGAUGCGUUGACGCUGAAGAGGCCGGAAGAAUCAUAUAUGAAGUGCGUGCAGGAGUGUGUGGACCUCACAUGAAUGG